AUCCAAAACAUAUUAUUCUUACAGCUUCAGAAAUAUGAUACAUAACUAUAGAGAAGAUGUAGCUUUCCCACACUAAUAUUUACCAUUAUUCACAAUAAAUGAUAGCAGACACAACACUGGAAGUUCAUAAAACUAUUUUCCUAAGAGUUUUUUUUUUGUGGUUAUUUAGAAGAAGAUUUAACUGUUUGAGAUGAGUUCGGACGAACAAUGGAGCGAUUGGUCUGAAGCCAAUUAUAUAGAUUGGGAAGAUCUACAAAAAGUUUACAUCGCAGAAAGGAUCCCAGAGUCAGAUAUGAAUGAAGUUACAACAGAUCAUACAGACCAUGACGAUUGUUCCUCAACAGAAGAAACCUCAGAGUGGUCAUCUGAUGAUGGUAGAUGGGAAAUGAACGUACAUCAAUACCACCAAUAUUUGCGAAAUGAACCCUGUCGUCGUAUAGGCAAUAUUUUAAGGUCAGAGGAAUGGAAUGACACAGAUGUGUUGAACAUUCAAAAUAUUGAGAAGAUAGCUAGGGAGCCAAUAUUUCUACGAACAAGUUCCCCAGAAGUUGAACAUGCAGCCUUGUCAAUGGAAGACAAAAUUGUAGAAGAAAACAUCACUGAAUGUCCUCAUGAGAAUGAUACAGCUAUUGAAUAUUCUUCUGAAGAAAUAAUAUCCUCUUCUGAUGAGUAAGUUCCAACUAAGAGUGACAUUAGCAAUUCAGAUUCGAGUUCCUGCAUCAAUGUGUCUGAAGAAUCAUCAGAUGGGUUUGAAGUCGUCCAAUCUAGAAAACGCAGGAGAUUUAAGAAGAAACCAAAAUGUCUAUUCGAAAGUAAAACUGGUGAACCAAUUAAACACUUGAAUAACUCAAAAUUAUCCAGACAAAAAGAAGACAUUUCCAUAGAGAUAAAAAGGGCAGAGCAACAAAGUCUUUCUGAGUAUAGAAAACGACAUGAUUUAAACAGAAAUCACUCAAAGAGGUUGGAUGUAUUGUUGAAAAGCAACGCAUUAUGUCGCCAGCAUGUGCCUGCUGUAGGUAAUUGCUUCUUUGAAGCUGUGUCAAGACAAACAUCAGA